AUGUCUUCUUCUGGUAUUGAAGCACCCCAUCCGUUUAAUCAUGAAAAUAUUGCUUCAUAUAGACAACCUACAAAUGAUGGGUACCUGAAAGAGAAGCACGAAGAAGAAGUACUUGAUACCUUCUCUCCACCAUAUCAUGACGAAACCAUAUCCAUUAACCAGACACACGAUUCCACCCAUCGACAAUUAAGACCAAGACAUAUUCAAUUAAUCGGUAUUGGAGGGACAAUUGGAACUGCUCUUUAUGUUCAAAUUGGCCAUGGGUUAAUAAAUGGAGGACCGGGCAGUUUAUUCUUGGCCUUCACUAUCUGGUGCACCUUCAUAUUGGCGGUCACAAAUUGUAUGGCAGAAAUGGUAACUUACCUACCAAUUUCAUCUCCAUUUAUACGAUUCGCUGGCCGGUAUGUCGACGAAGCAUUCGGAGUUGCUGCAGGAUACAACUUCUUUAUCUUUGAAGCCGCUCUUGUUCCAUUCGAAAUUGUAGCCUGUAAUAUCAUCAUUCAUUAUUGGAGCGAUGCAGUUCCUGCUGGUGGAAUCAUUGCUAUUGUUAUAGUUCUAUAUGGUUUUAUCAAUCUUUUUGCUGUUAGAUGGUAUGGAGAAUCAGAAUUUUACCUAGCCAUGGGGAAAGUUCUUUUGAUUGUUGGCCUGAUAAUAUUCACUUUCAUCACGAUGCUGGGUGGAAAUCCACUUCAUGAUCGAUUCGGGUUCCGAUUUUGGUCCAAUCCAGGAGCUUUCACCGAACUUUAUAGAACAGGUUCUCUUGGUCGCUUCCUGGGAUUCUUGCAAUGCCUCAUUCAAGCCUCAUUCACCAUAGCCGGUCCAGAUUAUGUCUCAAUGGCAGCCGGUGAAGCCCAAAAUCCUAGAGUUGUUAUGCCUAGAGCAUUUAAUGGGGUCUUCUAUCGGCUUACCGCAUUUUUCGUUCUGGGGAGUUUGGCUGUGGGAAUCCUAGUUCCAUACAAUGACCAAGAACUCAAAGAUGCAUUUACAAAUGGUCUACCCGGAGCAGCAGCUAGUCCUUACGUAGUCGCCAUGAAUCGACUUCAAAUUAGAAUCCUCCCGGAUAUCGUUAACGCCAUGGUUCUUGGAGCUGCUUUCUCGGCGGGCAACUCUUAUGUUUAUUGUGCAUCAAGAUCGCUUUUCGGUCUUGCGCUUGAAGGAAAAGCUCCCAAAUUCCUCACCAAGUGCACAAAGGAAGGCGUUCCAAUUUAUUGUGUUUGUGCUACAUUGGCCGUUGCAUUAUUGAGCUUUUUGCAAGUAUCGAACAAUGCAGCGGUAGUACUUCAAUGGUUUGUUAAUUUGGUUACUGCAAGUCAAUUGAUAAAUUUCAGCGUUAUGGCUUAUACUUUUAUAUGUUGGAAGAAAGCAUGUGAUGUGCAAGGACUUGAUAGAAAUACUUUACCACAUACAAGCUUUUGGCAGCCAUUCAGUGCAUAUUAUGCAUUGACAGGAUGUUUUAUCAUGACUUUUGUCGGUGGAUAUACAGUUUUUCUGCCUGGUGCGUGGGAUGUUCCAACUUUCCUCUUCUCCUAUGCGAUGGUCGGCGUCUUUCCUAUUAUUUUUGUCGGAUGGAAAAUUGUAAAGAAAACAAAAUGGUUAAAACCACAUGAGGUGAUAUUGAGAACUCAGGAGGUUGAAGAAAUUGAAGAAUAUACGAGGAAUUACGUUGAAAGACCUCCGAAGACAAGAUGGCAUGCUUAUGUGGACAAAAUCUUUAGUUAG